AGUAUCACGCGGGACUCGCAUCUUACUGCUGGUAGAUCGUGACAUUAUUUAACUUAUUACGUGUGUACUUUUCUCGGUGCCCGCCCACCAAAGAUGCACUGCUUUCAAUAAUGCAAGUGUCAAAUUAUUUGAAUUGAACGAUUUUGUUUGCGCUUGAGAGCAAGCGCAUUGGGUGAACUUUUUGAAAAUUUAUCUGACAGCGCGAAUUGUGUACUGUGCUAUUUUUUGUGAUUGUUUAUUUUUUUGAGUGAUGUGUGACUAAAUUUUAAUGGAUAUGGAAGUGUUCACAUUUAAACUUUGUGGUUAUUUGAUAUUAUUUGGAGGAGUUUUUGGAUCUUAUUUACAUUCACAAGGAAAAUAUGUCAAUCACUACAGUAACCAGUUUGAUGAUCCUCAAACAAACCGUGGCGUUCUAGCUCACGUCCAGGCCCUGCUCAAGGGAACUGCCCUAUUGCCAUGCGACUUGACGCCGACCGCUCCUAACGAUACUGUGCUUCUAGUGGUUUGGUACAAAGAUGAGCACACCCCGAUUUAUAGUUACGACACCCGAGGUGGUCACGCAACGCUGGCGAAACAUUGGCAGGACACCAAUUUGGAGUCCAGGGCAUUUUUCAGGACGAUGACCGAACCUUCGACUCUCAGUAUCGAUAAUGUUGCUGAAAAGGACGAAGGAGAAUAUAGAUGCAGGAUAGAUUUUUUGCGGUCGCCUACCAGAAAUGCUAGAGUUGCUCUUAAUGUCAUCGUCCCGCCACAAAAACCUAGUAUAAUAGACGAAAAAGGAAAAGAAGUCCCAUCACAUGCUGGUCCUUACGAAGAAGGAGGAGACGUAAAACUAACAUGUAUCGUUUCAGGAGGAAAGCCAGAACCAAUAAUAAAAUGGUGGAGGGAAGGUAAACUCAUCGAAUCGACCGAAACUCGUUCCGGUUUUGAGAAAGUUCGAGCUAACCAGCUCAUCGUUCGCGGUUUACAACGAUCCGAUCAACAUGCAGCUUUUACAUGCCAAGCUUCCAAUAACAACAUUAGCCAACCAGUUUCCGCAACCACCACUAUCGAAAUACACUUUCGACCUCUUACUGUUGAAAUUCUGAUCAGCAAUAAUCCAUUUUCUGCGGAUAGAAAGUACGAUAUUCCCUGUCAAACUUUCGGUUCAAGACCACCCGCUAAAAUUUCUUGGAUAAUGGAUGGAAAAGAGCUACUUCCGCCUAAAUAUAAUGCUACCAGUUCGGACACUGAAGAUGGAAAUUCAACAACUUCUAUUCUAUCUUUUGUACCUGCCAGACUUGACAACGGCCGAUCACUAACGUGUAGAGCAUCCAAUCAUUUGGUACAAAAUGGCGUCGAAGAGCACACCGUGAAAUUGAAUGUAUUCUAUGUGCCCAUUCUCCACCUGUCUCUGGGUUCGAAUCUCAAUCCUGACGAUAUUGAAGAGGGAGACGAUGUUUACUUUGAAUGCAAGGUAAACGCCAACCCUUGGGCAUACAAAGUUCUAUGGAAACACAACGGUGAAGUGAUGCAGGCCAACCAGAAGGGCGGUGUGAUCAUGAGCACGUUGGCGUUAGCCCUGCAAGGUGUGACUCGCAGUCAAGCGGGAAAUUACUCAUGUGUGGCGUCAAAUGUCGAAGGAGAUGGUGACAGCAACACGGUCGAUCUCAAAAUUAUGUAUAAACCAGUAUGCCGAUCAGUGCAAAAACAUAUAUACGGCGUAGCGAAAGCUGAAAAAGUCAAAGUACUUUGCGAAGUUGAAUCUUAUCCUCCACCAGACACAUUCAAAUGGUUGUUCAACAACUCAGCAGAGUCAUCCGAAGUUCCUAUCACACGAUACAAAACCGGAGUCCACAGAUUUAGCUCAACUCUAACGUACACACCGAUGACCGAAAUGGACUACGGCACUGUGAUGUGUUGGGCGAAUAAUUUGGCUGGGAGACAGCAGGAGCCUUGUAUAUUUCAUAUCAUUCCUGCCGGAAAACCAGAUCCGCCCUAUAAUUGUACUAUAGUUAAUAUGACGAACGAAUCACUGGAGGUAGAAUGUACCGAAGGAUUUGACGGCGGACAACCGCAACAUUUUCUUCUAGAAGUUUACGAUUCAUCGACUGGAUUUAUAUUAGCAAACGUUUCUUCAAAAUUUCCCGUCUUUAUCGUGAGUGGUCUGGACCCCGGCAAGUCUCUGAAAAUGAUAGUAUACGCUGCAAACAGUAAAGGAAAAAGUGAACAAGUUCCACUUGAAGGAUUUACUUUGAACGUAGCCGAAAAACAAACAGUUCUGUCUUUGGGUACAAGAGAUAACAUUGAAUUUGCUCCAAUACUGGGAAUCCUUGUCGGAGUAGUGACAGCAUUACUUUUAGUGACGGUUGUAGUUUUGGGAGCAGUAAGAAUAAGAUCAGCUAGAAGAGAGGGAUCGAGAGCGCUUCGACCUGCUUUUUUCAAUGCAAAAGAAAAAGUAACGUUGCCACUUCGAUCAGAAUCUGAAGAUUUGUUUGAAAAAGACGACAAAAAUCCAGAUGUGAUUCCCAAUAAUAAAGAUUCCGACUACCAGUUGGGUUCGGCCUUGCAAACUCCGGGUUUGAAUAAUUCAGAAACGGCUCCCACCGAAUACGAGACGACAGCUGGAAAUGGGGCGACAGGGGCAGUCGUAGGAACGGUAAAUGCGACCGCUGCCUCCCAACAACAACCGCUGGGACCGCUACAGGAGGCCUACUUGGCUCGGGACAGAAAUUAUCCACCACAACUUAUCGAUCCAGAACUAACUUAUGCAGAGUUGAACCAUGUACGACCAAAUUCCUUGGAACCAAUUAAAAAUGGUGGAAACCAAUAUGGUACUCUUCCAAAUAGAAACGAUACCACAAUUUAUGCUCAAAUCGACCACAGCCGACGACCACCUCCUUCAAAAACACCCGUAAUCGUAUCACCUGUCUCUGCCAUAUUUCCACAUAAGCAGGGAAUUUACCACAGAGAGGUAGUUACCGUCAGAACGCCGUUGAUGGGAUGCCAGCAAGAAAGUUGUGUGUAAAGUUAGUUCGGGACUAAUGUUGUAAAUACGCAGGGACAAAUGUGGCACACGUCUCUAGUGUGCUAUCUCGGUACAGAGUAGUGAGAAAACAGUGAUUCUGGACAUAUAUUCAGUGUGUAAGGGUUAUUCGAAACUUUUAUGGAUGAAAAUCUGUUUGGUAUUUCAAAUUUGAUGUCCUUAAUUAUUUUUGGGACUACUGUUAGUAGCUUACAACCAUUUUUUGAUAUAAGAUACUAAAAUCGACACUUUUUAAAGAUAAUUUGAUCACAGAAAAUAAUCAGUUGCCCUUAAAGUCAUUGAAAACAUUCCCAUUGAUGAUUCAGUGAGAUAUACAGGAAUAAAAUAGUUUUAGGUUAUUAGAAUUAUACUUUCACAACUAAAACUAUAUUUUGAAAUCGCCUAUUCCACAUUCAUGAUUAUUAUAUAAAAGACUACUCAAAGGAGAAGUUUGAAACAAUAAUAAAAGUUUCCGGUUGCGAAUUCGACCCCAACACUGAAUCGUAUGAAGUUAUAUUUUUCUUGUAAACUUCAUUAUUCCUAAAUCUUCAUGAAGUUCUGCUCAAUUGAUGAUUCUCUUCAUUUUUUAAAAUCAGAAUAUCUUAGUCAAAUUGGAUCAGCGCGAUUUUGUGACGAAGUAUUCCAGUCUGUUUGAUGUUAACAAUCCUGAACUAAGUUUAUGCAUUAGUAACUUCGAAUUCUAGCUUUUAUCAAUAAUUGGCUUUUGAAAAAAUUGUUGAACCAGAAAUAUAUAUCUUUCAUCUUCUCUCUGUAUUUUUUAAAAAAUAAAGCGUUGUCUGAAGUUAUUGAUCGAUCAAGUAAGAAUUUUCUCUAUAGAAGCUAUCGUUCAUUUUGAAAACAACUCAACAACAAUACAAGUACUUUUCAUAAAUCAUCAACAGCAGGCUUAUUCUCUAAAAUCCUCCACAAAUUACUUUAACAUGACAUAAGUAGAGUCCACUGUAAAAUACGUUAAUUAAUUUGCGGAAACUAUGAUCUGUAUUACUAAAUCUGCAAUUUUUAAUAACUUGAUAACAAUAAUAAUCAAACAGCAAAGUAUUCGGUCGAAUUUAUUUAUUUGGGAUACAAAGUAAAUGUCCAGCUAUGUAAUUUCCAAAUAAAAGGAUUAUAAAUACACGAGACUUUGUAAUUAUUAAUUCUUAAGAUUAUGAUGCCAAUAAAAAUUAUGAAAAUAACUCAAAUUCCAAUAUUCGUUGUUGUUUUUAUGACUAAGAAUCACCACAUCGUGCAUAUAAAAUAUUUGAAAAGUAGGUGAGACAAGCUUAAUUCCAUAAUUUUCAUACAAAUCGACUUUGCUCAAAAAUUGCAAGGUAAUACACCAUUUUAAGAGUUACGGAAUGGACCACUUGUAUAAAAAAACUGGUGUUAUUUAUUAGAGUUAUUUGAGAGCUAAAACUCAAUUAUUACUAUUAAAGGUUAUAAUUAUAUUUAUUUAUUGACACACUUGUUACUGUGGUUAAAUUAUCUUUAUUGCAACUGAUUUAUUGGUCGAGCUAGAAUAUUAAGUGGUAUUUCUUCCAUUUUUUUCUUGAGUUGUAAUGGAGUUAAAUACUCCAGUUAAACGUAUAAUGAUAGAAUUUCGAUAUUACCUCAUACAAUUGGGAAUUAGUUCUCACAGAUUGAUCUACUUCUCCUUUCUCUGAUAUGGAAAUUGAUUCACUGAUAUCCUUGAAUAGGUCACAUCUAUAUUGACUAAGAGCUUACUCAAUAUUCCAGUUAUUGUUGAAAAUGAAACUUAGAAAGAUGUACUUAAAGAUGAGCCAAUGUUUUCUUCCUCAUCGUUCACGGAUAAGCCAAAUAAUUAGAGCGAAAAAACAUCUUGUGAACGGUGCAAAAUAUAAGAAAAUUACUCGUAGAAAAAUGAGGCUGAGAAAACGUUACGAAAAAAAAAAUGUUAUAACUAAUUUCUUCGUAGGAGAAAUAUUUUCUACGGAAAAUGAAAAAGAAGUUAGCGCUUAGUUAUAUGCUUUAGAGUCGAGCACAGUUGAACAAAAAAAAUUCAUCCUUCAUUAAAAAUUUGCAAAUUUUUGAAAAUUAUCUUUCAUAACGUACUUGUAAACGCUUAAUUUAAUGGCCACAAAUUUUUUAUGUCCAACCUGUCGGUUUAUAUUAAUAUUUCAAUAAUUUUCUCUAUAAAAAUUAAAAAUAUAACUUUAAUUGAUUAAAUUAUUAGAUUCCAAUUUUUUCUUAUGAACAUGUAAAAUAUAGAGGUCAUACGUAGACAGAUGGUUGCUAAACUAUUGUAUAUGGUAAUUUUUCUCUUGUUCAUUUGUACGAAUUCUAUUCGUGGGUUUAAUUAAUAAAUACUGUCUCUUACGUUCCUUACGUUCUUAAUUUAUUUAAAUACUAUUCACUACACUUAACUAACUCAUAAUAAUUCACUUAUCAAGAUCACUUAACGAACUCAAAUUAUUUAUUUAAAUUUUUAAAUUACUUCGCUAAUUCGUUCUGUUCUCUACGACUAUUAUAAACUGCGCUACAUAAACUUAUUUAUAUACCACAAAUAGAAUUCUACAACUUUCUAGAACAUAAAGAAACAAAAUAUAUAAUUAAAUAGACCAUCCUAAAGAAAUAAUGUGAAUAAACUGCUUGCUAUAAAAACGGAUAUAAGAAACAAACAUUAAACGGGUUCCGUGGUUUAUAAAAAGUAAGCUAGAAUUUCAAUACAUCUAUGCAGGACCGGCUCUAGGGCGAAGACGAGUUCAUAACAAUAUUGUAAUAAAUUUCUAGUUUAUGCAGGCGCACUAUGUAUGUGAGAGGGGCGCUAUUACGUUGAAACUAGAAACCAAAGUGUGAAAUCGUGCCUGAAAAUCCUGUUUAUUUUUAGGUGAGUAAUGCAUAAGAAAAUUUCAACCACAAUAAUAAGAAGAGCAGCUUUAAAAGACCCCAUUCAAAAAUUUUUGAAAAUCGAUACCAUGCUCAAGUAUCCAGCUUUAAAUUGCGUAUCGGUUUUGUUUCGGCUUUUUCGGAAAAUUGAAUAGUAAUAAUAAAUAAUUUUUACCGCGCAAAUACGCGGAUCUCCAUACGUACUUUGGACGUAUAAGAGAAUCUCACUCACAUUGAUAAUUUCCGGAAAAAAUAAGUCUUCUGCGAAAAACUGUGUUAUAAUAUUUUAAAAAACCUGAGAGAACUGUUUUUGCUUUAUUAUUUGGCAUUUCCAUAAACGAUGGUCCUGAAAACACGGGUUCAUCUUAAAGUACCCCCUUUCAAGUUUCAUUUUAAAGCAUAAUUGCAACAUCAUGGAAAUACUUGACACUAAAAACCUUCCUUUCUAGAAUUAUUGAAAAUGACUCGGAUUUAUUUCGUAUUGAUAAAGUAUUAAUAGUACCCAAUAAUUAAUCUUUCUCGUUGUGUACCAAAAGAAUGAUAACAUAGUUGUAUACAUAUUCAAAUCGAAAUAAGGGAAAAAAUGAUGAAAUAAACAUUUUGUUUUUUUUGUUGAAAUUUGAAUUAAUCCUCAUAGUAAAAA